CCUGGAUAGAUCGAUCUAUAGCAAACCCUGAAGCUGGCCGCCAUGGCUUCCACGCCGGAAAAGACGGCGUCGACGCAUAGAGCGUCGAUUUUCAGAGGCACACACAAGUUUCACAUCGUCGGCUACGGAGUGCCGAAGGCCAACAAACCUAUUAGGUCCGGCGAUUUCCUUGUCGGCGGCCACACCUGGGCCCUCGUCUGCGGCUUCGGUGACAACGGAGAUGAUCACCUCGCGUCCAUCACCCUCGAGCUUGUCAGCCUCCGCAAGGGCGAUGCCGUCGCCAUGGCCAGCCUCCGCAUGGACGACCCGCGCGGCCGGUGGCCGGCUGCCGUGUGGCGGAGCGACGAUCGCAACGUCUUCUCCAAGACCGGCAAGAGCUGGGAGCUGACGGUCCCAGAUUUGUUCUGUGGCCAUGAGGCGCACUACGUGGAGGACGACUGCCUCACCAUCUUCUGCACCGUCGACGUGGUCGAGGAGAAACCCGCUACCAGCACGGAGAACACGAACCGCUUCGUCGUCGCGGUGCCAUCAUCGCCGACCAUCUCCCAGGAUCUCGGAAAACUUAUGCUAAUGGACGCAUCCGGCGGCAUGCCGCCGGACGUGACGUUCGUGGUGGAGCAGACGGAGAUCAAGGCGCACAAGCCCGUGCUCGCCAUACGGUCGUCCGUCUUUGCCGCGGAGUUCAGGUGGCACGGUUCCACUUCCAGAGCGGGGUCGUGCCCCAUCAGGAUCGAUGACAUGGGCGUCUCCACCUUCAGGGCCAUGCUCCGCUUCAUCUACACCGACGAGCUGCCCAUCAAACCAAGCAAAAACGUGGCACGGCGCCCCUCCAAGGCGAGGCGCUGUGAAGCCAUGGCACGCGACCUGCUGGUGGCAGCCGACCGGUACGACCUGGACAGGCUGCGGCUCAUGUGUGAGAAGAUCCUCUCCGAGAACCUCAAUGUAUCGACCGUCAUGGCGACGCUGCUGCUGGUGCGUGGCCGGCAGAGCUGCCAGCAGCUCGAGAAUUCCUGCAUCGAAUACAUUGCGUCGAAUCCAGACGUAUACGCUGCCGUGAGGGCCACUGACGACUUUGAGCAGCUCCAUGAAACCUGCAGCUCUUUGAUAGUCGAGAUCGUAGACAGAGUUGCCAUUGCCAUGCACAGUCUUGACCGCAACCCCUUCCACUCCGUCAACAUUAAGGGCCAACCACUUCCAUCAGAGAGGAGCUCGUCGACGUUCGACUCGUCAGAGGAGGUGCCCGGCUGGCACGAUUUCAAGAUCCCCGACUUUAACGCCGUGCAGAGGAGCCAUGGCGUUGGCCAGGGGAUCAAUUCCGGCAGUUUCAAGGUCGGCGGCCAUGACUGGAUGUUACACGUGUACCCAUCGGGCAAAUCCGAUAACGUUGGUGGGCAGUACAUCUCCAUCUUCCUCUCACUCAUAUCUCAUCUUCCUAGAGGAACCGGUGUCAAGGCGUCCAGGUGCUUCAAGAUCCAAGACCCGAGCGGGAUGUGGCCGCUCACCGUGAAGAGCGGCCCUGUUACCCUCUUUGCAAGGAACGCUAUGUCAAGCGGUUGUAGCAAGUGUAUCCGCAUACAAGAUGCAAAAUCAAAGUACAUGGCGAAUGAUGGCUCCUUAACCAUACGCUGUGAAGUCAACGUCGUUAAGGAACCCUACACUAGUAGGACUAGCACUACUGGCAGCAGAGUCAUGGUCACCGUGCCGCCCUCCAAAGUCUCCACGCAACUUGAGCAGCUACUGACCAGCGAGAAUGGCUCGGACGUCAGCUUCCUAGUUGAGGAGAGCAAGAUCCGUGCCCACAGGCUCGUAAUCGCCGCGCGUUCGCCAGCCUUAUACGAGGCAGUGAUGGCCAACAAGGAGGAUGACCAUGCCACCGCUAUGGUACGGGUCGAUGAUAUGAAGGUUGCUGUGUUCAAGGCCGUGCUCCAUUUUAUCUACACUAACGGGCUCCUUCCUGGAGAUGACACUAGGUUGCUCGCCGGGGAGAUGCUCUCGGCGGCGUGCCGGUUUGGGCUAAGGCGAAUGAAGGCCAUGUGUGAGAACUUGUUGUGCGACUCGUUGUCAAAAGAGAACCUGUUGGCCACUGCGAAGUUGGCGCGCCGUCACCAUUGCAAGGAGCUUGAACAUUACUGCCUCGAGUCUGUCUUGACCCCGGACGUGGCCAAGGAACUGGUGAAAACUUUCAUCGGCUUGGAGGACUAGCUAGUAUCUAGUACCAGUUAAAAGCUUGUUUUGUUUGCCCACAAGUUAGUACACGCAUGCAUCGAUCCCAACCCAACAGCCUGUAGUAUAAUCCAAUAGAUGCUUGUUUUUUUAAAACUUUCGAAUGAUGCUUAUGCUAACUUGCUAAGCACCGGCAGCUGGUCUUUUUUUAAGGAAAACAUGAUCGCUUUAUUGUAUAACUAGACCAUUGAUGGCGCGCAUUGUUGCGUGCAGGCUCAAACUCGCGUCCUCAUUAUUUCGAGGAUACAACACAAACCACUACGCCACCUGCUCGUUCGUGCUCUUGUACUUCCGUUCUUCUAUUUCUAUGUAUAGGAAAUGCAUUCUGUGUUUUUUACGAUUUAUUCUUUCCUUUU